GAGCAGUUGGAUUUGUCUAAAUUAAUUAAGAUGUUACGCAUAUUCACCUGCGUGCUGGUCUACAUGACUCUGGCAAACGCUCAGGCUCCCUAUGGUUCCACUCCAUUACCAACUCCUUUUUCACGUCCUACGCCUUCCACUUUUCCCUCGACUCUCCCCACGACUAUACCUUCUCUUACUCCGACAGCCUUCCCAUUUGGCCCUAAUUCUAGAUCACUUAGUCCUGGCUUUAAUAACCCAUACUAUAAUCCUACUACUGGACCUGCUGUACCUAUUUUGUCUUACUCGAGUGAACAACUUGGAGAUGGCACUUAUUCGUACAGUUUCUCGACGGCCGACGGCAAGCAGGUCCAAGAGAACGGAUACUUGAAGGAUGCCUACAUCGACAACGCUGGCGAACCCCAAGGAACGCAGGUAGUUCAAGGGAGUUAUGCGUACGUGGCUCCGGACGGUACGCCUAUACAAGUUAGCUACGUCGCCGACGAAAAUGGUUUCCGCCCAUCCGGUAUCCACAUACCAGCGGACGGCAAAGCGCUCUCGCCUCUACCCCCCCUAGAUGGCAGGAAAGACAGUGUUAUCGAUCCAUUUAAUAGAUACGAUCCUUACAACAAUCAUAACCGCUUCAACAACGUGUACAGACCAUUCAACAACAACGCUUUUAAUCGUUACGACCCAAGAUAUCCUAACGCCUCGAGAUAUCCUUAUAAUUCAAGAUACAAUAAUCAGUUUAACCCCUACCACCGUCACCCUUACGGAUACAACAAAGACGCGAAACAAGAAGAAAAGAACGAAUCUCCACUAACUAUAUGCCUGAUAGUGAGCGGUGCUUGGGCGGAUGUAGGCUUCGGUCCCUAUCAAGCACAACAGCAGUACACCACUGAGCCCAUCCCUAUUAUCAGACAAGAGCAGAUAAUCAAUCCAGACGGAUCAUACAGAUAUAGCUAUGAAACAGGCAACGGCAUAUCAGCUGAGGAGCAAGGAUACGUGAAGAACCAAGGCGUUCCCGAACAAGAAGCUCAAACAGCUCAAGGACAAUACCAGUACACUGCCCCUGAUGGACAGUUGAUCCAAUUGUCAUACAUAGCCGACGAAAAUGGUUUUCAACCUCAAGGGGCUCACCUUCCUACUCCACCCCCAAUUCCAGAGGAAAUCAGGAGGGCUUUAGAUCAUCUAGCUACAUUGCCCCCACCAAGUCACGGGGAUAGGGACUAUAGAAUUAUAAACAAUCUGUAACCUGAAGCUUGUAUUAGAAAAACAAUUUACUAUUCAAGAAACAAUAGACGACAGAUAGCGCAAUGUGUGAUAUCAUAUAAAAUAUGAAGAAAAUUAAAAAAAAUGUUAUAUAAUAAAUUAUAGCCGUAAGUUAUUGUAACUUUUGUAUAGAUUGUUAUUGAUAAUAAAUAUAAACG